CUGGAGUAUCUUGGGAACGGGCCUGGAGUAGACGGAAGGGUAUAUUUUUAACCAAAUUCACCACCUCCGGAGACAUGGCAGUGAAUGCUGUCAUGUUAUGUGUGUACAACUCGACGCGCUUAUUAACAUCCGUCGACGCUAAAUUGCUUGCUAAGCUAGUAAGCCGCCAUUUUGCCCAAUCGUGAACGAGCAACAUGACGGCUCCAGAAAGAGGCUGUCUCGCUCCGGGUUUUCUCUCCGACCUCUCUUCAAGCUAGUGGAGAAAACAAACAGGUCGAAAUAGGAGGCAGAUUGGCAGCCGGUUUGGAUGUGGAGCGAAUUGUUUUUCACGUUUUGUUAGCCGGAGUGAGUGUGAAAGUCGACGACGGCGUCCUUCCAGUGUCGACCCCUUCCGAAAAUGCACACCAGGCGCCUGGUGAAGCGUUCGAUCCUCGGCAGCCGAGUCUACGCGCCCAGCCCGACUGGAGAGGGCGCCCCGGUGACAGGAGUGGUCCAGGCUGUUAAGCAGGAAAGCAGGGACGGCGCGGCGUCGGCGGCGGCGGGGGCCCGGCGCAGCAACGGCAGCGUCUACACGGUCCUGCUGCAAGACGGCAGCCUUAAGGAGUUCUCCGAGGAGGAGAUAGCCGCUGGCUUCAACCACACCACACCGAAAGGACCGCUCAAGUCCAGCUUGAAGAGCUCCGUCAACGGCGCCACAAACAGCCACAAGACAGACGGCUGCUCCCUCGGCCCGGAGGCGGCAGAGGGCGAACUGCGGGAGGCCGGCGGCAAGCGCGGCGGCAGGGAGCUGGACGCGUGCCGCUCCGUGUCCCUGCUGGAGCAGAAGCGCAAGGUGGUCUCCUCCAGCAUUGAUGUCCCCCAUGCCAGGCGGUCGGAGGAGGAAGUAGACAUGGACAAGGUGACGGCCGCCAUGGUGCUGACCAGCCUGUCCACCAGCCCGCUGGUCAGGAGCCCGCCCGUCAAAGUCAGCGAGGCCCUGAGUGGCUCCUGGAAGGAGAACGGCUCGGCAGGACCCUUCACCCCGUCCAGCAACAGCUCAUCGGGGGGCUACUGGAGCUGGUCGGCCCCCAGCGACCAGUCCAACCCGUCCACGCCCUCCCCGCCGCUCUCGGCCGACAGCUUCAAGCCCUUCCGCAUGCCCAGCCUGGGCGGCGUGGGGGCCGGCCCCGCCGGGCCCGAGGACCCUAGCCUAGACGAGCAGGAUGGCAGCAGCCUGCUCUUCGACGAGCCCAUACCACGCAAGCGCAAGAACUCCAUGAAGGUGAUGUUCAAGUGCCUGUGGAAGAACUGUGGCAAAGUGCUGAGCACCUCCGCUGGCAUCCAGAGGCACAUCCGCACCAUCCACUUGGGGCGUAACUGCGACUCAGACUGCAGCGACGGUGAGGAGGACUUCUACUACACGGAGAUCAAGCUCAACACCGACUCGGUGGCCGAGGGCCUGAGCAGCCUGUCCCCCGUCUCACCCUCCGUCCUCUCCCCGGUCCCGCCUUUGACCCCGGCUCUCAGCCAGCCGGCCGACUCCCACAGGCCGCCGCUCCCGCCGCCGCCGCCCUGCGACACCAAGGAGCCUCACGUCGGCAGCGCCACGCCACUCAGCCGCUCUGCGCCCAGCGCGCUCUACCUCAUCCACACGGACCACGCCUACCAGGCCACGGCCCCAGUGUCCAUUCCGUCCAACGGCAGCAACUCAGCUGGCUCCGCCUCCAACAGCUUCACUCCCACCAACAGCUCCACCUUUAGCAUCUCCUGGCAAUCGCCACCUGUCACCUUCACAGGCAACACGGUAUCUCCCAGUAAGAGUCAUGGCUUCGCUGAGCAGCGUUCCCAGACCAUCGCCGUCCUCUCGUCCCCGCCCAGAGCCACCACAGCCCUCAGCCGUAAAGUGCGCGGCGAAGGCAAGAAGUGCCGCAAAGUGUACGGGAUGGAGAACCGCGACAUGUGGUGCACCGCCUGCCGCUGGAAGAAGGCCUGCCAGAGAUUCACCGACUGAGGACCGACGUCUCGCACGCGUCGCGCCUCGCUGUCAUUUUAAUGCGCGGAAGGUGGGGGGGGAGCCUCGUUUUGCAUGCAUUCUCUUCAGCUCAGAAAUCGCAAAUCUGUCCGUCAAGCUCUGGCUCCGCCCCCUUGCAGCUCAGCAAGCAGAUCCAUUCCAGCAGUCGGUGGAGGGAGCGAGGAAGUUCCCCCGCCUUGCCUCGCCAUCUCUUUCAUUCCCGCUUUUGGGAAAACCCAGUGCAGCUAAACUCUGUAUUUUUGUCUUUCUUUGUCUGUGUUGCAUCUGUCAGUGUUUUGUAAAGUUGUUUUAACACCAACGAGCGGAGGGUCCAAAAAGACUGAAAACACUUCUUGUUUUGGCAACAAAGACAACUUUUUUUUCUGUCCAGAAGAAGACGUUUUGUGGAAGAACUUCCUCUUCAUCUCGUCUUUUGAGGACUUCUCCCGAGGAGGUGCGCCGGCAUCACGUCCUGUCCGAGCCGGUGCACCGGAGCCCCGAGGGAACACUCCACCGAUUUGGGAACAGGAAUCUCUUUUUUGUUUUGGUUUGCUUUUAUCAGGCAUCGGGACGCAAACGACAGCAGAAACCAGCAGCUCAUUGUGGACUUUUCCCUCCAGUCGCAACCAAAAGCUCUUUUAUCCUGUUUUUGUGUUACGGUGCCAUGUUUACGCUUCUUCUCCUGUUUUGGUCAAACCAAGACUGUUUAACUAGGGGGCGGAGAAAAACCUCCUGAGUGCAAGAAAGGUAAAGAAAAAGAAGCACCCACCACCCUAAGGCCCCCCCACCUCACACCUUGGCCUCCUCCUCUUCCCGAAGGAAGCAAAAUUAGUUUUUAUUUACACUUUUUAGUGCUAGCGAUGCAACCAAAGGAGGAGGGCCGAAAACCAAAAGAGAAGCACUUAUCGGAGCACUCCCGUGUUACAGAUGAACAGGCAGGCAGUCAUGUGACAUCACAGGAGGUUAGCACGCUGGAAAAAGCACUUGAUUAGGUCACUGUGUGUUUUGGUUUUUGAAUGUUAAACUCAUAUUUGGUUUGGUUUUUUUCGCUAGUUGACUCAAAGGCGGAAAACAACAUCGUUAAAGCCAAAAAAAAGUUUACAGGUUUUAUUUCAUAUGCGGCUUAACACGUAGCGAUGUAUCUUUUUUCCUGCGUAUUUGAUCCUUUUUUGGCAUUUAUUCUCUGUUACGCCACAAAAGUGUUGCUUUGAUGUUGAAGUAGUUUGCUUGUGAAUUAAGCGUGACAGGUGGCGCCACCUGUCACGCUUUUGGUGCUUCGGCCUUAACGUCGCUUCCGUCAAAGAACAACAGAAAACCACAAAAAGAAUCAUUGUGCUUCUCCCGUAUGGUUUUGUUGGCAAUGAACAAAAAGAAACGUUCCGGUUGUUGGCACGUCCAUAUGUCCGUAAAGAACAAAAACUUUCAACUCAACACAAAAACAAACCUUAUCAAUCUUGAUUGACUUUUAUUUCAUGGCUUUCGUUUUGCUCCUCCUUCACGCUCACCGUUCUCGUCUGUGCCUGUAAGGCUUCCUGGCUGAAACUCAGCCACGGUGGAAAAGUUUGGUUUCCCGUCCGCCUUUUAAGGCCCCGCCCAUCGCCACCAACUAGUCCGAUCCGAUUCUGAUCCUGACGUCGACCGCUAACUUUCUCUCACUCGCCCAUGCGUGGUUUUGUAAGCAAAACAUGAAAGUAACAGCCAACAAACCAUUUUGAGUUCAGAACACUCAAAAAAGAUUUGAUUGCAAAUAUUUUGAAAUGAGCGUUCAUUUUCCUUUUCGUUGAUCGUGGUAGUAUUGCCCACCCCUUCCUUUCUUCAAGGGAUGGUUGGAAUUUUUUAACAUGAAGUUGUAUGACACCCCCAUCAGCAG